UAGUUUCAAGCAAACAUCACCUUUAGCAUGUUUAGUUGCAUUGAAAAAGAAAUUACAGAAAGCAAGGUUGUUCUUUUAUGUUUCUUGAAUCUGUGAUUUGCAGUCUGCACAUAAUUUUACACCGCUUUAAAGACACUAUGACACUAUGAGUUCUUCGAUUCUCCUGCAGCUUAAUUUUUGUUAGCUAAAUUUUGAAUUUUGUGUCUUGUGGCCUUUUUCUGUUACUGCUGGGUGACUAACGUGACAAUAGAAAGAACUUGUUUGGAUUUCAAGAUGAUGGCAACAAGAAAUCCUAAAGUUGCUCCAAAGAAGAAAGCUAAACCGAAGCCAGAAACAAAAGAUCUAGCAUGGACAGAUACUGAUGACACYGAGUCAACCAGAGAUGUCAUCAAACAGACUAAUGAUUCUAGUGAAUCAAGUGAGCCUCAAAAAGGAAGUCUGAUAUCUGUACAGGAAGCACCUGACGCCAAUAGGGAGUCAAUGCCAGAAACUGAUGUAGAGGUAAAUGGUAUAUCCUAUCCCAUGACCACUGACACUGAACUACCAUAUGGAACUGAGACAGACUCCAUGGGAAGUAUUGAAAGUGGGUUAAGAAGGAAAAUAAAGAGAAAUACUGUAGUACCAACAGAUGGAGAGGAAACCAGUGGUCAGCAAACACCAGACAGUGAAACUAGAAAAGAUGCAUGGAGUGGAGAAGCAGACAUUUCAGAGUCUGAUGCUGCUCCUAGCAGACCCAGUUCAGCAGCUGCCAUGUAUCGACAAGCUUUAACCAAGCCAAAAACUAGACCUGCUACAGCUCCCGGAAAGAAGCCUCAAACUAUACCUGUCACACGUCCCAUGACUGCACCUUUACAAGCACUCAAAUCAAAGAAGUCAGAUUUGGACUUGGUAAAUGUGCCUAGUACUUCUGGCAUAGACUCAGGACAACAAAUACAGGACACUGCAAUAAAUGAAUGGUCAAAAAACAAGGAAAUUGCUAUCACAAAUGGGGAAAUAGCUGAGCCAUAUAAUGGUACACUGAAACUUACAGAUGAUACAAAGGAUGCAUUAAGUACAGUAUCCAGUUGUGAUCUUCUUGCUCCACCCAGAGUCAGUGGAGAACAGAAUGCCUAUAUCCCUUUCUUUUAUGCAAAAGAAUGCAUACAGAAGGUGAUGGAUGAUAUGAAAAAAAUGAAAGCUAAUCACAUUAAAGUUGUGGAUCAAAUUCAAGAUCAAUACAAAUCCAUUGAAGAUGAAAUUCAGGGGAAAUUUAACACCUUUGUGAUUGGUCUCAGGUCACAAUAUGCUGAUAAAGUUCACACUUUCAGACAUGUUAUAGAAAUACAUCGCGAAGAUACAGGUCGAAAACAGGAAUAUUGGCAGAAUACUGUGAAGAGUAUUCAAGCUAAAAACAAGAAACUUCUUGAAGAGAAAAGAGAGUUAAUGAUCAAGAACAGAGAUGAAUUCACUCGAAUAGAGGAAGAGAAGGUAAAAACAGUAAAAGAAUUAAUGGGAAUGCUUGAUGAAAAACACUCUAAAUAUACUUCAAUGCUGGCAGACUUUAAAGAUGAGCACUCAAAAGCUCUUGAAUUAGAAGAGAAACUAAAAGCUCUUGAACUUCAGAAUCAAAAGCUUCAGCUAGAGUUUGACUCCAAGAAAGGAACUUAUGAGCAGGAACUGACAGCAGUCCAGAUAAAACACCAAGAAGAGCUACAAGAACAGAAGCAAAAACUUGAUCAGCUACAAAAAGAAAAAGAUGAAGCAGCAGAAAAAGAAAAGAAAGAAAAAGAGGAGUCAUUGGAGGAAGAAAGAAAUAGACUAGCUGACCAGAACAAGACCUUAGUUGCAGAUAUAGAAGCAAAGGAGCAGGAAUUGGCAUCAUUGAAGGAAGAUGUGGAAAAGCUCAAAAUUCAAGAUGCCAGUGUAGCUUCAACUAUGGUAGUUACAUCAGAUCAAGAAGUCAAAGUAAUUAAAGAACAGGCACAGGAAGAAGGAAAGYAACAGGGUCCUUUCAAAACAACAGUUCAAGACAUGAAAGAGAUUGAAAAACUAACUGAAGAAAUUGAUAAACUCAAAAAUGAAAAAGCAAAGACGGCAGAGGAUUUGAAAAAUUCUGAAGAAGAAACAACCAAACUCAGGGAACAGCUUGACAUGGAGAAAGAAAAAGUUCUUAAAGUAGAAGAUGAAAAUAGUCACCUUGGAAAAGAGAGAGCAAGAUUUGAAAAGCAUGCCAUGGAAAAUAAACAGGAAAUCCGUGAUCUGCGCCAGCAAUGCACAUCAUUGCAUGAACAGUUGCAAGGCUUGUUACAAGCUACAUCACAAAACAAGGAUGACAAAGAAACAGAGGAAAAGCUGAAGGCUGCAGAAGCAGAAAAACAAGCUUUGGAGGAGGAGCAGGCUAAAAUGCAGAAAGAGUUUGAGAGGUGGCAAGAGCAGUAUCAAGCUGAACACGGCGAGAAACCAACUGAAGAAGACAGAAGUGAGGAAGUCCAACAAAUGCUUGAAAAGUUGAAGGAAGAGGAAGAAAAGUUGAGAAAAGCUGAGAACACCAUCUCAGUGAUGACCAUGUUAAAGGAAGGAGCAGUACCUGAUUCUCUUCCUUCUGGUUCUAUGAGUGUCAGUAAUGAACAUCUAGAAGAGCUUGAAGACAGAAUACAAAGGCUGGAAGAAGAGAAGGAUGAUCUUGAAGUUCAGAUGGAAAAACUAUCAAAAGAGUGGGAAAUCAAAAUUGAAAAGCUAACUAAUGAAAAUGAAAUACUGUCAGAAAAGAAUAUGGGACUUGAGGAAAAGGUGUCAGAGAUGGAAACACAAAUUGAAGAUCUCAAUUCAGAGCUAAAUGAAGCAAAAGAUUCUCUUCCACCUGUGUCUAGCCCUACACUUGCUGUAGAGGGUGAAGAUAUCACGCUCAUGUCAUCAAAGCUAGCUGAACUUCAGGAUGAAGUCGAUAAAACCUCUCUAGAACUUGAACAAGUCAAGGCUAAGAAUUCUGCAAGGAUGGAUGAAAUUGAUUUCCUGAAGCAGGAACUUGAGAACCUGAAAGAAGGCUCUGCUGGUGAUGAAGAUGCUCUUCGAGCUGAAUUGAAGUCCACAAAAGAAAGACUUGAAGCUGAGAAUGAAGCUAAAUCCCGAGAUUUGGAUGAAGCAAAGAAUAGAAAUAAGGAAUUAGAGAAUAAAUUAUUGGCAAAUGUUCCUGUUGACACAGCAAAAGAAAUGGAGUCUUACCAGCAAAAAAUUAGUGCACUCCAGAAGGAAAAAGAAAGUUUGUCAAAAGACAAUUUGGCACAAAAAGCAAGUAUUACAACACUAACUGUUAAAGUUGAAUCAUUGAACAACAACCUUGAAAGACAAAAGAAAAAUGAGAAAGAAUUACAGGAAACAAACAAACGGAUGCGAGUAGAAAAAGACAAAGAAAUUAAAGAAGCCAAAGAAAAGGCUGAUGCCAAGUCAAAGCAAAAAAUUGAAGAAAACAACAAAAUGAUUCAAAUGUUACAAAAGAGAAUAAAAGAACUUGAAGCUUCUGGUAUACCUCGUGGUGAAGCAAAAGUUGACACAAGUGCACCAAAACGAAAGGAUUCGAGAGCACUUGAUCCUGAUAAGGUUGCCAAGGAAAAAGAGAAGUUGUUGGCACAAAUUGAAGCUUUAAAGAAAGCAGCACAGGAAGAUCACAAGAGAAUCAAGGGGCUUGAGAAAGAAGUCAAAGAUGCUGCAGCAAAAUCGAAACCAGCUGGCCCAAGUGCAGAAGAAAGAGCUGCUGCGAAGAAAAUGGACAAACAGCUCAAAGAUGCCCAAAAGAGUCUUGAAAUGGAAAAGAAAAAGUUUGAAAAAGUUAAAGAAACUCUCACCAAAACUGAAGAAGAAUUGAAAGACUUGAAAAAGGAACAUGAUUCCCUUGUAGCUGAAAGCAGGAAAGAUAAAGCAGAUCUAGCCAAGCUUGGUGUUGCUGCUCAAGAGGCACUUGCUGCUCAAGAAAAGGUGGAUGAGCUGUCCAAAGAAGUGUCGUCUUUGAGAGAUGAAAACAAAUCACUAUCAGACAAUUUUAACAGUGAAAGAAUUCUUCGAAAGAAAUAUUAUAACAUGGUGGAGGAUAUGAAAGGAAAGAUCCGUGUAUACUGCAGGGCUCGACCUCUAAGCAAGAGUGAAGCAGAGAGAGGAAACCACUCAGUCCUCAAAUCUCCAGAUGAGUACACUGUGAUUGUUGGUACAGGGAGAGGCCCAAAAGAUUUUCAGUUUGACCAGGUGUUCACUCCUGAUCAUGGGCAAGAGAAAGUGUUUGAAGAUACCAAUAAUUUGAUUCAGUCAGCAGUGGAUGGCUAUAAUGUCUGUAUUUUUGCUUAUGGACAAACUGGAUCAGGAAAAACAUUCACAAUGAUUGGUGACAAAGAAGGCAACUUCCCAGGGAUUGCACCUAGAGCCAUGGAUGCUAUCUAUAAACUUAUGGAACAAAACAGAAAGAAAUUCUCCUUCAAAAUCUACACUUACAUGAUGGAGUUGUAUAAUGAUAAGCUAAUUGAUCUUUUAGCAGCUCAUAACAAGGAGCCAGCUAAACUAGAAAUUAAAAAAGACAAAAAGGGACUUGUGUUUGUUCAUGGAUCCGUCAUGCUUGAGGCCAGCACUAAAGAUGAAUUAUGGUCUAUUUUUGAAAAGGGUUCUGAAAACCGUCAUGUUUCAUCAACAAAAAUGAAUGCUGAGAGUUCCCGAUCCCAUUUGAUCCUGGGCAUUAUUAUAGAAAGCACAAACCUGACUUCAGGAGCUGUUGUAAAGGGAAAGCUGAGCUUAGUAGAUUUAGCAGGCUCAGAGCGGGCAGCCAAGACUGGAGCUACUCCAGAACAGUUAAAGGAAGCCCAAUCCAUUAACAAGAGCCUGAGCGCCCUCGGAGAUGUGAUAUCAGCAUUGUCCAGUGACCAGCAGUUCAUCCCAUAUCGUAACAAUAAGCUUACAAUGUUAAUGCAGGAUUCYCUUGGUGGUAAUGCAAAAACACUUAUGUUUGUGAAUAUUUCACCCGCUGACUACAACACAGACGAAACUGUGACAUCACUAACAUAUGCAUCUCGAGUCAAACUUAUUACCAAUGAUGCCCAAAAAAACGCAGACAACAAGGAAAUCACAAGACUCAAAGGCAUCAUUGCUAAGCUUAAAAAAGGCGAAACUGUGGACGAAGAUAUUGAGUAGGGCAGACUAUGUUCGACAGGUUUUCAUGGUGCUGUUGGUCUUGGUCUCAUUAAUUUUUUGUCACUGGCACAACAUGAUCAGUAUAUUAUACACUAUUUAGAUUGAUGAUUUAUAAAUAUAUAAUGAAUUGAUCCAGAAGCAGCUGUUAAGGAUAUAUUCUCUUGUAGAUAGAUUUAGUUAUUUUUAAUUGUAUAUACUAGAAAAAAUUCAUUCCUGGCAUGCGAUAACCUUAUAUUUAUAACUUUAUAACUUUAUAACUUUAUUUAUAACUGAUUAUUCAUACAUUUUACUACAAACUCACCAUGCCUUCCUAGUUGACUGUAUAAUUUAUUUUCCCUUUAGACCUAUGUUUUGCACUUGUAAAUACGAAAGAUGUACAUACAAUUAAUUUUCAUCAUGAAGUUUUGACUUUAGAGCUAAUAAUAUUAAAGAUUAUUUACAUAAUA